AUGGACGCCAUGAGCCGGGCCUUACGAAGAGCUGCUCGGUCACCAUUCUCCAAUGAAAUUGAACAGGCCCCUAUGCUGAGUCGAUUUACACGACCACCAUUCAAUUCCUACGAUGGGAAAACGGACCCUGUGAAGCAUGUCAGUCAUUAUAUCCACAUGAUGUCCUUCUUCACCGAGCUGAUCCAAGAGUUUGGUAGUAGAUUCGUGACAUGCAGCCGAGUGCCGCAACCAAUGGAUGCGCUACUUUCCAUAAAAAUGAGGGUCGGUGAAACCCUUCGGAGUUACGCCAGUCGAUAUUGGGAACUAUAUAACGAGAUCGGUAGGGGAAAUGAGAAGAUAGCAGCAAGCACCUUCAGGAUGGGGUUUCCCGAGGAUUCUGAACUACGGGAGUUGCUGACGAAAAGACCUCCCGAGGAUAUGAGGCAACUUAUAAGGUGCAUUGAGGAGUAUAAGCGUCUCGAAGAUGAUCGGCUGUAG